GUUUUUUUUAUUGAAGGCACCAAUUUACAAACCCAAAAAAAAAAAAAUGUACUCCGUAACUAAUUGUUUUUAACUGGGGCAGCCGCCCUCGCUUCCCGGACAAUCGAAUCCAACGAUUAAGAUUUACCGACGCCGGGACGGCGCUUGGUUGACACUGGACAGGCAUCCGUUUCUUCUGACCAGUCGGGAAAUCGAAGCAAUAAAAUCUGAAUCCGUUUCUUUUGGUUGCAGAGGCAACAAGGGUACAUUUGAAGAUUCAUCGCGUUUCAGCUGUAAAAUGGUGGCGAUUCCCCAUGAAAACGCGGCCGGGGAGGAGAAGGAGAUGUCUAGGAAACGCCGACGCUUGACCUGGGACGUUGCGUCUGAUGAUCCGAGGAAUCGAGGAAUCAAGGCCGAUGGGAAGGAUGACAAAAGACUGAAAGCAGAGGUUCCAUCUAGGUCCAGACAGUCGUCGCCACCGCGUAGGGAUGAUGAUUCAGUCGGCCAUUACGUGUUCAGUCUGGGCGAGAACCUGACGCCAAGAUAUAAAAUUCUCAAGAAAUUGGGUGAAGGCACCUUUGGUCGAGUUUUGGAAUGUUGGGACCGUCAAACUCGAGAAUUUGUAGCUAUUAAAGUUAUACGCAGUCUUGAAAAAUAUCGUAAAGCAGCAAUGACUGAGGUUGAUGUGCUUCGUCGUCUUUCUGAGAAUGACACAUGCUAUUCACAUUGUGUGCAGAUUCUAAGCUGGUUUGAUUAUCGCAAUCAUAUAUGCAUUGUAAGUAAAAGUUACAGAGUGCAACACCUUUUCAACUUUUUCCUGCAAGACUGUAGCAUUGUUCCUCUCUUAGUUUUAUUUUUAGGUUGUGACCCAGUUUUUACCCUAACAGUUGAUCUUAAUUAUUGAUGUGCAUGGUUUGACUUUGGAGUUGGUGAUUGACGAUUAUAUAUGCUCCCAUUUCUACUUACUUUUUGAUUUUACAUUGUUCCUUUUUUAAGUUCAAGCUCCUGAUAGCAACUUUGGUCUAUGUCGCUUGAAUUAAAGUUUUAUGCUAUUC